AUGGAAGAAAAGAAGGCUGACUGGGGAACUCCUCGCAACUCAGCCCCAGCAAACGAAGCCAUCUCAUACAGAGAAGUCGUCUUUGACAGCUCAGUGCAGAAUGGCCAAACGCCUUACCAGGGCGCUCCGAACCCCAAGAACAACGCCUUGUGGCAUGACCUCUACAACAAGGUUGGAAUUAGCCAAAUUCCAGCCUCGUCAGCCGCCAGGCUCGAGGUCCCGUCCAGCCCGGUCCACGGCCAUGAGGACCAGCACUACGUGCAACUGGACGUGUUCCACCACCUGCACUGCCUAAACAUGAUCCGGCUGAUGCUGUGGCAUGGAAGCUCGCCAGAGGGCCUGUACCUGAACGAGACGCACCUGGGGGACACCGAAGAGGAGAGGAUGGGCCACGUGGACCACUGCGUCGACCAGAUCCGCCAGCACCUCAUGUGCCACGCCGACACGACGCCGCUGGUGUGGCAAUGGAGCGAGAGGAACAAGAAGUACCUGACUUAUAUGGGAAUGAAGCACACGUGCCGGGACUGGGACAGACUUUAUGAGUGGGCUGAGCAGCAUCAGAGCCAGUGGGACUAUGAUAGGUCCAAGUAUGUGCCUGGGAGCCCCGAGUGGGAGGACACGAAGGCGCGGGUGAAGUGGAUGAAGCAUAUACCGGGUGACUUUGAGGAGUAG